AAUAAAGAAAAUCAGAAAGCAAGAAUGGCAAAUUGGUUAAUAUCUCUGAAACCAAGACCUUCUCAAUCCCCCCAUCAAACUUGACCUUUCUUUUUUUUGGACGAACAACAACUUGACCCGAUAUAAACCUUCCCACAUAAACCUGUUUGGUAGCAGAGCACAAAACGCAUCCAACUCCAAUUUCCAAGCCAACAACAACAACUCUUCUUCUUCUUCUUCACUAGAUCUCCAUUGGGUUCUCUCAUCAUUAUCAAAGAGCACUAUAAUUAACUAUUAAUCAUAAUUAAGGGUUAUAGUUAAGAUGACGAACCAGUUGGAGAAUCUGGUGGAGUCGAUCAAAUCAAAAGUACGAGCCCUGAAGAAAAACUCAAAGAAGCCAUACAUAAAGAUGGACAAGAGCUCAAGUGUGAAGGUAGAGAUCCGCAGCAAAAAGGCUCGCAAGCUCAUCGACAAAACCCUCAAGGCUGCCGAUCGUCCUGGCAAGCGUCCCAUUCCUUGACAAAUUUAUAUACAUUUUCUGUCUGCCCAUGUAUUUAUGUAAAUCUGUAAUGGAAUAGCUAGCAAGGUAGGCUGAUGGAUGAAAAGGGUUUCUCUCUGCUUUCUUCAUUUUCUCUUCUGUUGUUUUUCUUUUGGCUGCCGAUUCUGUGUUUUUGGGUCAAGCUUUGUAACCGCUUCGGAAUAUUGCCUUCAAAGCAACAAUGAACAAUCCUUUUUCUAGGUUUCUACUUUUA